AUGGAGGUGGGGGCUUCUGAACAAGAUAUUGAACGGAUGUGGUAUGACUCCUUUGAGAAUUCUGUAGGAGGUUUCCUACAUAACCAUAUUUCACUAAUAGAAGGUAUUUCACAAGAUUUUUCAGGACAGUCUGUAGGUUUUGGGAAGAAUUUCAAAGGUAACUUGAGGAGGUAUCAAGGUAAUGUCGAUAAUCAAAGAUGGGAACUUAAUCGUUUGGGGCAUUCUGGAGCUGUGGCUAUAAAUACCUUAAUAGGAAAGUCUGAUGAGUUUUUUGUAUCAGAUCUUGCAGAUGAUAACUAUAAAAGAAUCCACUUAAUUGUAAAUAGUGUAGUUCCUCCAUUUUUACUAGGACAUGAAACUCUCUUUCAACGUAAUGAUCUAGAGAAUCCAAUUUCAAUAGUAAAGGACUUAUCGAGUGAUUUAGCUAAACAGGCUUCUCGUGGGAGUGCAACUUUAAGAAAUUUAAAAGAACAGGAAGAUAAGAAUAAUAUGAAACAUCGAUUUUGGGAACUGUCUGGAUCUAAAAUGGGUACUCUUGUUGGCAUUGAUAUUUAUUCUAAAGAUAAAGUAUAUAGUAGAAUGAAGAAUAUACCUCAUUCUAUGGAUAACUCAAAGAUAUCUAGAAAUAAUGGAAAAGGAUAUACUGAGGCUCUUAAUAUACAAUCUAGUAAUAUAGAUACCAACGAAAUCCUUGAUGUAGACUAUAAAAAGCACCAUGAUAAUCUUACAAAUAAGGAUAAGAAUCAAUAUUCAAAUAAUAGUACUAAGUCUACUUUGUAUAAUUCAGACUCACAUUAUAAAAGUGUGAAGCAAACUAAUACCUCUAUAUAUAAUUCUGAAUAUUAUUACAAUGCAGAAAUUAAUGAUAAUAAUGAGUUAUAUAAAGCUUCAUAUAGAGACAUGCAACAAGUGAGAAAAACACUCCCAGUAUUUGCUAUGAAAGAGGAACUCUUAAAUCUUAUUUAUGAACAUCCAAUUGUAGUAGUUGUUGGAGAAACUGGGAGUGGGAAAACUACACAAUUAACUCAAUACCUUUAUGAGGCAGGAUAUAGUAAUUAUGGAAUAAUAGCUUGUACUCAACCAAGGCGUGUAGCAGCUGUCAGCGUAGCUAAACGUGUAUCAGAGGAAAUGAAUGUGAAAUUGGGAACAAAAGUUGGAUAUACUAUCCGUUUUGAAGAUCUUACUAGCAAAGAAACUGUAAUAAAAUAUAUGACUGAUGGUGUGCUAAUGAGAGAAAGUUUGACUGAUCCUGAAUUGGAACGCUAUAGUGUAGUAAUAAUGGAUGAGGCACAUGAAAGAAGUCUAAGUACUGAUGUAUUAUUUGGUAUUUUUAAAAGUAUACUACGUAGACGUAGAGACUUUAGAUUAAUUGUAACUUCAGCUACAAUGGAUUCUGAUAAAUUUUCCAACUUUUUUGGAAGAGCUCCAAUAUUUGAAAUACCUGGAAGAACAUUUCCUGUUACUAUCCAAUAUCUCCGUACUCAAUCUGAAGAUUACAUUGAGUCUGUUGUUAGACAAUGCUUACAGAUUCAUUGUUCAGAUAUGAGAUGUAACUUGCAAAAAAGUGGUAAUAGUGAAGAAAUUUCUAAUGGAGGUGAUAUUUUAAUAUUUAUGACUGGACAAGAAGAUAUUGAAGCUACAUGUUGGCUUAUUGCAGAAAAAAUGAGUUUUUUAGUAGAAGAUGGAGUAUCUCCUCUUUUAGUUCUACCUAUAUAUUCACAACUACCAUCUGAUUUACAAAUUAAAAUUUUUCAACCGAGUAUAUACAGAAAGGUUAUUGUAGCUACAAAUAUUGCUGAAACUUCCUUAACUCUACAAGGAAUUCGUUUUGUCAUUGACUGUGGUUUUUGUAAAGUAAAAGUUUAUAAUCCUAAAAUAGGUAUGGAUAGUCUACAAGUAGUCCCAAUAAGUCAAGCUAAUGCACAACAAAGAAGUGGCAGAGCUGGAAGAACAGCUCCAGGUAUAUGUUAUAGAAUGUAUACUGAAAAGGCAUUUCUAGGUGAAAUGUUAACAUCAAAUAUACCUGAAAUACAACGAACAAAUUUAGCAAAUGUUGUUCUUCUUUUAAAAACACUAGGUUUUAAUGAUAUAUUAAGUUUCCCAUUUAUGGAUGCUCCCUCAGAAUCUUCAAUAUUAACUUCUUUGUAUCAAUUAUGGUCUUUAGGAGCUUUAGAUGAUGAUGGAAAUCUUACAAAUAUUGGAAAUUUGAUGGCUAAAUUUCCUCUGGAUCCACCAUUAGCAAAAACCCUUAUAACUGCUUCAGAAUUAAAUUGUAUUUCUGAAAUUAUUGUUAUUGUAGCUAUUUUAUCUGUUCCAACAAUAUUUUUUAGACCAAGAGGUAGGGAAGAAGAAAGUGAUGCUACUAGAGAAAAAUUUGUAGUACCAGAAAGUGACCAUUUAACCCUUCUUAAUGUAUAUUUACAAUGGAAACGUCAUAAUUAUAAUCCUAAAUGGUGUGAAAAACAUUUCCUUCAUCACAAAGCUCUAAAGAAGGCACAAGAUGUUUUCUAUCAAAUUAAGGAAUUAUAUUUAAAUGUAAUGAAAGAUCCUUAUUUAAUUCAGAAAGGAAUUUCAAAUAAAUAUAAUAAUUUGAUAAUAGAAUCUCAUGAAAUAUCUACAUCUUUAGAACCAACUCUAGAUAUUAAGAAGUGGGAUAAUGUACGUAAAUCAAUCUGUAGUGGUUGUUUUCAUAAUAGUGCUAAAAUUAGAGGUAUAGGUGAAUAUGUAAAUCUAAGAACAUCUAUGCCUGCUUAUUUACAUCCAUCUAGUUCAUUAUACAAUUGUGGAUAUAUACCUGACUAUAUAGUAUAUCAUGAAGUUAUUGUUACAGUUAAGGAAUAUAUGAAUACAGUUACAUCUGUAGAACCCGAAUGGUUGAAUGAAGUUGCUCCCAAACUCUUUUCACUUAGUACUUCUAAUCUUAAUAAUAAUAGAAAAAGUGACUCAAAAACUUCUUCAUAUGAACUUAAUCAUAUACAAGUCAAAGAAUUUAAAGAUAUAGAUAAGGAAUCACUAAAUAAAAACUCUAAGAGACAGAAUGUUCAUUUAGAUACACAAGGUCUACAAGAUAAAAAGUUAGAACUCAACUUUACUAAACGUCGGAAUUCUCGUGUUAAUCCUAGCUAUCUAUCAUUUGAUACAGAAAGUAACUUUCUUUAG